AUGGCUGUUGAACAAGCCACAACGCCGGAUAGGCGCACCAGCUCGGAUGAUACAGUCAAUCCUGCGCGCAGCACAGAUGGCGAGAUCAAAGCCAUUGAGGCUGGCCUCGGAGUCGACAAGGAGCUCGGGGAGAGCAACAUUGGCAUUACAACGCUGGAAAAGGAUGAUACGGCUUCAGCAUCGGCUUCAAUAACAGCUCCGGCCGCCGAAGGACCUCCGGCGCAAGGGCCACCCGCAGACGAGCCGGAAGCUGGCCGGACCAAUGUCGAGACGUUUCUCGUCAUCUUUGCCCUGUGUUUGGCGCUUUUCCUGGCUGCUCUUGACAUGACCAUCAUCACCACUGCCAUCCCGACCAUCUCCAACCACUUUGGUUCCAGUGCUGGCUACAUCUGGAUCGGAAGCGCCUACCUACUCGGCAACGCUGCGUUCGUGCCCACAUGGGGCAAGAUUUCCGACAUCUUCGGCCGCAAGCCCACCCUCAUCGUUAGUGUCACCAUCUUCUGGAUCGGAUCGCUACUAUGCGCUGUCAGUACCAGCAUGGGCAUGCUCAUUGCUGCUCGUGCCAUCCAGGGCGUCGGAGGUGGUGGUACCAUCGUCCUUCCCAACAUCUGCAUCUCCGAUCUCUUCUCUAUGCGCAAGCGAGGCAUGUACUUUGGUAUCCUUGGCAUGGUUUGGGCCCUGGCCUCAGCCAUUGGACCCAUCCUCGGCGGUGUCUUCACCAGCAAGGUCUCAUGGCGCUGGUGCUUCUACAUCAACCUACCUUUGGGCGGCGUUGGUCUGCUCAUCCUCAUCUUCGUGCUCAAGCUGCACAACCCUCGCACGCCAGUCAAGCAAGGAUUGGCUGCCAUUGACUGGGUUGGCAACGUCCUCAUCAUUGGCGGCACGCUUAUGCUGCUCUUUGGACUCGAGUUUGGCGGCGUUCAGUUCCCCUGGGACUCCGCUGCCGUCAUCUGCCUCAUCGUCUUUGGCUUCGUCACCAUUGCCCUCUUCGGCAUCUAUGAGAACCGAGUGGCCAAGUUCCCCGUGAUGCCUACUCGACUUUUCCGUGACAGGACAAGCAUUGCCGCCUACGGCCUGUCCAUCAUGCACGCCAUGACCUUUAUGUCUGGCAGCUACUGGCUUCCCCUCUACUUCCAGGCCGUCUUGGGUGCCACAUCGCUUCUCUCUGGUGUCUACAUCUUGCCCUAUGUCCUGGCCUUGUCCUUUACAUCUGCCCUCACAGGUGUAUUUAUCAAGAAGACGGGCAACUACCAGAUUCCCAUCGUUUCUGGACUGUUUAUCAUGACCAUAGGCUUUGGUCUCUUCAUUGACCUUGGGGCCAGGGCUAACUGGGCCAAGAUCAUCAUCUUCCAGAUCAUUGCCGGUAUUGGCGUUGGUCCCAACUUCCAGUCACCUCUCAUUGCCCUGCAAACCAACGUUGAACCCCGCGAUAUUGGAGCCGCGACUGCCAGCUUCCAGUUCCUCCGUCAACUUGGAACGUCUACUUCGGUUGUCAUUGGCGGUGUCAUCUUCGACAAUGAGAUGCAGAAGCAGCAAGCCUUUCUCCAACGAGAGCUCGGACCCGAGUUGGCCGCCAGAUUUUCCGGCUCCGAGGCUGCGUCAAGUGUAUUCCUGAUUGCCAGCCUCGACGGCCAUCAGCGAGAGGUGGCUCAGACAGCCUACUGGAACGCUAUGCAAAAGAUGUUCAUCGCUUAUACCUGCUUCGUUUCCUUGGGUCUCUUCAUCAGCCUCUUUGUCAAGCAGAAGACUCUCAGCAAGCAGCACACAGAGCACAAGACAGGCCUCGCAUCUCUCAAGCAGAGGGAAGAGACAAAGAAGAAGCAACCCGACGUUGAGAAGGGCGCCGAGGCUACGCAGUGA